AUGGUAAUCAGCGUCCCGGACGAUGCCGGAAAAGUUAAGGCAACGCAACUGGCGUCCCACCUCUCCAAGGUGCUGGAUUCUACCGCGGUCAAGGUAUCGACUCCCACGACUAUGGCUGAACUAAAGAUCGUGGGAAUUGAUAUAUCAAUGGAGAGGGAGGAAAUCCAGCAAGAGCUGGCAAAGGCAGCGGGAUGCGAGGCCACUGAGGUUAAAGUCUGGGAGACUGGAACCUCAAGGACCGGUAUGGGGUCAGCAUUCGUGAAGUGCCCAGUGGCAGGAGCCCGCAAGUUAGCGCUAGCAGGCAGAGUGGCGCUGGGGUGGUCAAUGGCGAAAGUCAUCGCGUUACCUAAGAGACCGCUCCAAUGCUUCAGGUGCGGGGAGAGCGGGCACAGAGUUCGGGGCUGCAUGGCACCUACCCCGAGAUGCCCAAUAUGUGAGUCUCGGGGAGCCCUAGCUGACCACAGGAUGGGGAGCGAAGCUUGCAAGCCUCCCAAGGUGAUCAAGAAAGGCAUCAGAUGGACGAUUCUCCGGAAGACUCUUACCGGGGACAAGGGAAUGGGAGAUACGGUCGGCUCAGUCACCGAGGCAAUGGCUCAGGCCUGGAUCGCCUCGGUUACUGAGGAGACCUUAGGAGGAACUCGAAUAGCAGGGCUAGAAGAGCACAGGACCUGCUCUACCAGACCAUCAGGCAGAGCGGUGGUUUUGGCGGUGGUGGCUGAGCCAUACUGCAUUCCCAAAGCCUCCAACUGGAUAGGGGAUGCAAGCGGCCUAAUCGCCAUAACCUGGCCCUGUACGGCUGGAAUCUCCGGCUCCCUCGUUGGGCGUGGGCCCGGCUUUGUAGCAGUUCAAUGGAUGGACAUCGUGGUGGUAGGAGUAUACAUCUCCCCCAACUGCGGAAUCCGCGCAUUCGGGGACUUCCUGGACGAGAUGGGAGAAUGCAUCAGGAGAUGUCUUCCACACCAAGUACUCGUUCUGGGGGACUUCAAUGCGCACUCGACGCAGUGGGGAAACGACAGGACCACCGCGAGCGGAAGAGAGCUCACCAACUGGGCGGCAGGUCUGGGACUGCUCUUGGUCAAUCAAGGCUCGGUAAGCACCUGUGUAGGGUGGAGGGAAGCCUCGGUGAUUGAUCUUACUUGGGCAACACCAAGGCUCCACGCUAGAAUCCAUGGCUGGAGGGUGGCGGUAGAGAUGGAAACGUUAUCAGACCAUCUCUACGUGCUUAUGGAAAUACAGCCCAACAGCGUAAAAGGCAGCGACUGCACAGGAAGAAAACCACCGGGUCGCCUGGGGCCUCCCCCUCUCAGAUGGAAACUGAAAGAGAGGGACAAGGAUAUGCUCCGGGCAGCGGCCACCGUUGCAGCAUGGUGCUGGAACGCCAAGCGGAACAAGGAGCAGGGAGACGUAGACAUGGAGGCAAGCGAACUCCACAAGUUCAUGGUGGAAGUUUGCGACGCCUCCAUGCCGCGUUCCAGCACCGGCGGUAGACGCGAUAACACCGGCGGUAGACGCGAUAACACCGGCGGUAGACGCGAUAACACCGGCGUCUACUGGUGGUCCCAGGAGAUCGCAGACCUGAGGGAUGAAUGCUGCAGAUCCAGAAGACUGUACACCAGGGCUCAGCGUCGGAGAUGGUGA